AUGGGAGAGAAGAGUUUGGACUCGGAGCUGUGGCACGCCUGUGCUGGUGGCAUGGCUCAAAUGCCGCGGGUGAACUCAAAGGUUUUCUACUUCCCACAGGGCCACGCUGAGCACACUCUUGCUACUGUUGAUUUUGGGGCUCUGCCCAAAAUCCCACCUAUGAUCCUCUGCAGGGUUGAUGCGGUGAGGUACUUGGCCGACCCUGAAACCGAUGAAGUUUAUACCAAGAUAUGUCUGGUUCCAGUCGGCAAAAGCGAGCAGCACUGUUUUGAUGACGACAGUGUGCCGGGAAACACAGGAUCUGCACCUAAUGAGAAACCGAAUUCGUUUGCAAAGACUCUCACCCAGUCGGAUGCCAAUAAUGGCGGCGGGUUCUCGGUCCCUAGGUACUGUGCGGAGACCAUUUUCCCUCGGCUGGACUACACAGCCGAUCCACCCGUGCAGAAUGUUAUAGCCAAGGAUGUCCAUGGUGAGACCUGGAAUUUCAGGCAUAUUUAUAGGGGGACUCCCAGGAGGCACCUGCUGACCACCGGGUGGAGCACGUUUGUGAACCAGAAGAAGCUUGUGGCUGGGGACUCAAUUGUUUUCCUGAGGGCCGAGAAUGGGGACCUCUGUGUCGGGAUCCGGAGGGCUAAGAGGGGCAAUGGUGCAAAUGAGCUUUCCUCCGGGUGGAACUGUGCUGCUGCUGGGAAUUUUGGAUUUUCGUCAUUUCUGAAGGACGACGAGAACAAGCUGAUGCAUAGGGGUUUUGGUGGUGGUGGGAGUUUGAGGGAGAAAGGGAGGGUCAGACCUGAGUCUGUUGUCGAGGCCACUUUCCUGGCGGCCAGUGGCCAGCCUUUUGAGGUGGUAUAUUACCCACGUGCGAGCACGCCAGAGUUCUGUGUGAAGGCGUCAACUGUGAGUGCUGCUAUGAGGAACCAGUGGUGCUCGGGGAUGAGGUUCAAGAUGCCGUUUGAAACUGAGGACUCAUCCCGGAUUAGCUGGUUCAUGGGGACUAUAGCGUCCGUUCAGGUUGUGGACCCCCUCCGUUGGCCGAACUCACCUUGGAGGCUGCUUCAGGUUACAUGGGACGAACCUGACCUUCUGCAGAAUGUGAAGUGUGUGAGCCCAUGGUUAGUUGAGAUGGUCUCUAAUAUGCCUGUCCUCCAUCUCUCUCCCUUCACCCAACCUAGAAAGAAGCUCCGUCUACCCCACCAUCAGGACAUCUCCCCACUCGACGGCCAACAAUUCCCAGUGCCGUCCUUCUCAGGCAACCCCUUAGGCCCUAGCAGUCCCUUAUGUUGUUUUUCAGACAGCAACCUACCUGCAGGCAUACAGGGAGCCAGGCAUGCUCAAUUUGGAGCCCCGUUUUCGGAUCUCCACCUCAUCAACAACACGCUACAGAUGGGGCUGUUCCCCCCCGCUUUCCAGCGUCUUGACUCUCAAAUCAUAGUUCCCAAUAAUCUGGCAAGAACCAAUUUGGACAACAGUGAAAAUGUAUCCUGCUUGCUUAGCAUGGGAAAUUACAGUCAGAAGAAAUCGGGUGAAACGGCCCACGGUGUCAAGAAGCCUCUGUUUAUACUAUUUGGCCAGCCGAUACUCACCGAGCAGCAGAUGUCGUGCGACUGGUCGGAUGAUGUUGUUUGUAAAACCGAAAAUAAUGCAAAGGCAUCCUCAGGUCCCCAGUUCGUUUGGAAGACGGGCGAACUUGGCCCGGAUACCGGUCACUGCAAGGUGUUUUUGGAGUCUGAAGAUGUCGGCCGGACACUUGAUCUGUCCGUGCUGGGAUCAUAUGAGGAGCUCUGCAAGAGGCUUGAGCACAUGAAGUUGAUUACUGGUUUGCCGACUGCUGAGCGUGGGCUGGAUUCCUCAAACCAGACGGGGCCGUUGAGCAUAUUUGCAUAG